UGAAGAAGAAGAAGAAGAAGAAGAAGAAGGACUGCAUGUUGGGACUGUUCCAACUGUUCCUUUUGCAUACCUCGCAGUAAAUUGCUCAGUUUUAGCAGUAGACACAUCGUUGUGUGGCGAUGGCACUAGAGUACCCAAAGGAGAACAUGAUGUACGGCAAGGGAAAACCCGCGGCAACAAAACAAAAGAAAAAGCCCGCACCUCUGCUCCAGCCCCAGGAGAAGGUGAAACAACCAGAGCUUCAACAACAGCCGCAGCUGCAGCAACUGGAGCUACAACACCCGGACCUUCAAUACCAAGGUAUUCAACAGCCGGAACCUCACCAACCAGAAGUCCAACAUCCAGAGCUCCAGUACCCAGAGAUGCAGCAUGCACAGCAGCCAGUGUUAUCACAGAAUUAUCAGCCCCAGCCGGGGUUUGAACCGAUGCAGCCACCACUUUCUAUGCGAGGAGGAGGGCGUCCCGAUAAUGAUCGGGAACACAUGUUUCCAGCCUUUCCUCAUCACAAAAGGGACUCAUCCGCCACUUCGCUUCUGCCCGUUCCAUUUAUGAGGAAGAAGAUGGGGAUGUUCUACACGUGGCAAGUCUUCGUCAUGUGGAUGGCCAUAUCCGGAACUAUUGCCUUCGUAUGCACCUACGGAGCUUUCAGAAAAUAUUUUUUAUCAAAAUCAAGGUCUGCGGUACCAGGAAGUAUCCACAAGCCAAAUGUACAUCAGCUUUAUCCAAACUUCCUCAAUUCGAACUGCAGUGAGGAAAGCCCCUGCACGGGAAACGGGAUGCAGUGUGUCACCCACAUAUGCGUCUGCGCCGAAGGAUACCAACCGAGGAGAAAGAUCUGCGUUCCCAGCAGGAAGUUCGAUCACAGAGAUCGACACACUACCAGCUCCGCAGAUGAACCAAGAGUUGCAACGCCGAUGUACUGUUCCGGAAACGAUUGUCCCACGCGUCGUGAUGGGAAAGCAAGAAAACGAAAGCCUCCGAAUAACGAAAUACUUUAAAAGCUGCACCUUAAAAGGAUACAUGCCGCGGACAUCUUGGACGUUUAUGAUACGAAAUGAUGUAAAAAGUAAUAGAUUCGCGGGAACAGAGCUUAAAGGCUUG